AUGGUGCAAGUAUCAAUGAAAAAGAAGGAAAAGGAAGAACCGCUCUUCAUCUUGCAGCAAGUAUUAAUAAUAAAGAUACAACAGAACUGCUUAUUUCAAAUGGUGCAAGUAUCAAUGAAAAAGAUGAAGAAGGAAGAACCGCUCUUCAUCUUGCAGCAAGUAUUAAUAAUAAAGAUACAACAGAACUGCUUAUUUCAAAUGGUGCAAGUAUCAAUGAAAAAGAAGGAAAAGGAAGAACCGCUCUUCAUCUUGCAGCAAGUAUUAAUAAUAAAGAUACAACAGAACUGCUUAUUUCAAAUGGUGCAAGUAUCAAUGAAAAAGAUGAAGAAGGAAGAACCGCUCUUCAUCUUGCAGCAAGUAUUAAUAGUAAAGAUACAACAGAACUGCUUAUUUCAAAUGGUGCAAGUAUCAAUGAAAAAGAAGGAAAAGGAAGAACCGCUCUUCAUUAUGCAGCAGGUAAAAAUAGUAAAGAUACAGCCGAACUGCUUAUUUCAAAUGGUUCAAAUAUCAAUGAAAAAGAAGGAAAAGGAAGAACCGCUCUUCAUUAUGCAGCAAGUAAAAAUAGUAAAGAUACAGCCAAACUGCUUAUUUCAAAUGGUGCAAGUAUCAAUGAAAAAGAUGAAGAAGGAAGAACCGCUCUUCAUCUUGCAGCAAAUACUAAUAGUAAAGAUACAGCCGAACUGCUUAUUUCAAAUAGUGCAAAUAUUAAUGAAAAAGAUGAUGAAGGAAAAACUGCUCUUCAUUAUGCGGCAUUACGUAAUAGUAAAGAAACAUUCUUUACUCUUAAAUCACAUGGUGCAAAUAUCAUGGGUACAGACACUUUUUAACGUUAAAUUUAAAAAAUAA